AUGCAAGAUUUGCCACCUAUUGGAGGGUACGAACCUGUUCAGUGGAAGAGAAACCUUCCUUCUAGGGGUUUCAGACCAUCCAUAUACUUUUGGGGUAUUUCUGGGAUUAUUGCCUUUGGCUUCUACAGAUUUUACCAGGGUGUGGACGAACAAAGAGAGCUUUCCAGAGAGAAGCAAUGGGCACGUUUCUAUCUCGAACCCUUAUUGAGAGCUGAAGAGGACAGACACCUCGCUAGAAGAUAUUUCUCCGAGUUGAAGAGACAAGACUUGGUCGCAGAGUCAAUGUCUCCUGAAACAAGAGCAAAGUUCGAAGAGCCCAUCUAUAACGAUAAAUCUAAGCUCCGCUUGCCGCGUUUCACCGCUGGUGUGGAUCCUAGCGAACGUUAA